AUGUUAUGUCUCUGCACACCCGAGCAAGCAAUUGAUGUUGGAGGGAAAGUCAUGCUCGUACAGCGUAAUCUUAGUGAUCGGAUUAACCGUAAGCACGCACGUCUGAAGUAUACAAUUGAUGAUCACAGUUUGAAAUGGUUCCAUGAGGAGGUCGAAAAUAGGUUAGGUUACAAACUGCAACCACCUCGAGAGUUUAUUUUCGACAGUAACGCGGAUGGACCAAGGAAGCCAAUGAUAACUGGAGUAUAUCGAGAACGGACGUCCAAGCCACAGAUCGAAGGUCUGUUGAAGGAGUAUAAACUGGACAGUCUUCAAUAUACGGGUAUACGAUUGAUUCGAUGUCUUGCGUGGCUUUACCAACAUGUGGUCUUGCUAUGGCCGAAACUGAGAUAUUUACCGACACUUGUUGAGAAGAUCGAUCGUUGA